AUGGAGGACCGGGAGACAUCCGACGGUCCGGGAGGGCCUCAAGGCUUGAUCAGCGCCUCGUUCAACCAGGACACCACGUAAGCAAGCGCCCUGUCUGCCAACUCGGGCAGUUCUAGCGAAUUCAACUUGUCGCACUGUUAUAUAGAUUCUUCUUGUAUAAUCUAGGUAGUAAAUCUGUAUGCGUGCUUCUAGCUGUAAUAUGGUCUGUCUGCUGUUCUGUAACAGAUAUAUGUUAAUGUAUGAAUUGUAUCUUCCUACCUAACCCACUUGUGCAUGUGGUUUAUCAAUGUUAAUCCAAUUGUCAAAUGGUGUCUCAUCAAGACAGUUCCUAAAAUAUAGGUUAGUACCUUGUGAAGUAAGCCACCACACUACGAAGGCUUAUAGAUAGAUGGCCAGAGAAAAGUAUCCAGGCAAGAUUUGACCUACAGUAGAGAUACUGGUCAGCACAGCAGACUAUUGUGCAAGUCUGAUUUUUGUCUCAGAUGAUGACACAUGGAAUGAGUUGUCGAACUGUCAUGAUUUCUUGAAGCACUUAGGCUAUUACCACUGCAUGCAUGGGGCGGUUGGAUGUAUUGCAUUAUGACAAAGGGUCUUUGGGAAUGGAAUCCCAUGCUAGGCAACAUUUGAGUGUGAGUGAUAGAGGAGCAGCCAGACACUGUUGAUCUACAGGUCGGUUAAAGGUGUAGUGACAGCCAGAUGGUCAAACACACAUGUUAACGUUAGCUCUCUCCCAUUUUCAAUCAUCCUCAGACAUGAUAAGACAAGCAGCAGUUAGGCUAUUUGUUACCUGGGCUAGGCCUAUAUCCCACUGAACCACACACCUGUUCAACACUGGGUAGUGGUUGCCCUCAGGCACAUAUCUAGGAUCAGCUCACCCUCCACAUAGCAUAACCUAAACCAUAAGGGGGGGGGGGGAAUGUUAAACUGAUCUUAGAUCAGUGUCUACUCUAGAAUGAAUAUGAUCCUAUAUCUUCCUAGUCUAUCCUAUUCCACCUGUUGACAGACACCUGCCCCUCCUUUUCUCUACACAGUAUAUAUGUAUAUGUCCAUAGAUAGUGUGCUUGAUUAUCAGUGUUGUUUGAAGUUCUUAGGGUGAUCACAUGACCUUAGUCAACUCUUGCUGUGUUGACCAUACAGCACACUGUAUCCUUCAUUUCCCCUGACUGCUAUAUAUAGCUCACUGGGUAGUGAGGCAUUGCAUGUAUCCCCUACAGUUCCUGGUAAGCGGAGUGUGUACUAAGGCUUUCCUUAGAAAACAACAUCCUCUGCCUUUAGUGGUCCAAUCAGCCUUGGUCCAAUCAGCCUUUCCACUCAUAAACGUAGUGUAAUUUUAAGAAUGCACUGGGUAAAGGUAGUAGGGGAUAGAGGUGUCCUGGUUAGAGAACAAGGAUAGGGAGGGAGGCUUGAGGUUCCGUUUAUUUUCUCCAAUCAAAAAUCCAUUUUAUUUCCAUGAAUUACUUGUGUGGUUUUGAUAUUGGACGCACAGAUAACAAAAAGAUAAAUGCUGGAGAGGUUUUUACAACUGCCUGGAUUGUUUGGAACUGAACUCAUUCUAUUUUAUUGUAUGGUUUUUCCAUUGUAUGUGCAUUUAGUUUAAGAGGUAGAUGAUUACUUAGAUUAUGGCACAACAAGUGAACAUCCAGCCUCUUUGGUUAUAUCAUAUUAACAAACUGUAACCUUCAAGCAAACCUUGAGAGGGGAUUAUGAUGAAACCAUUAUGGCGGUUUACAACACUACACCCCUAUAGUGGGUUAUAGACUACACACGUAGUGGAUGCCAUCUUGGAUGUUUAACAACAGUUGGGUCUCUGUGUGUUUCAGGUCUCUAUCAGUGGGCACUAAGUCAGGCUACAGACUCUUCUCUGUCACCUCGGUGGACAAGAUGGACUGCAUCCACGAAGGAGGUGAGUGAGUGUCCUUAAAGCCUGUGUGUACUGGUAGCUACUGUUAAACACUAAGCUGGUAUCCUAGCACCGGGACAAAACAAACACCCAGUAAGCUGCGGUCAGGUCAACCAGCGUGGUUAAACAGUAGUCUGUAACCAGACAACAAGUUGUUCUAAGCUGAUAUAGCCCUCCCUCUCCCACAUAUGUAAACAAUGGUAGAGAGUAGUAUGUUACACCACAAGCCUGUUCCCAGUGAUGCAUUCUGCAAGUAUAUUAUCAGUGUUUCACAUCACAGUGAGAAGAAAGUGUGUGAGCCUAUGAAUGUUUUAGUUUGAGUAUGGAAUGAAUUAUGGCAUGAAUGAUGGAAUGAAUGAUGGAAUGAAUGAUGGAAUAAAUGAUGGAAUGAAUGAUGGAAUGAAUGAUGGAAUGAAUGAAGGAAUGAAUGAUGGAAUGAAUGAAGGAAUAAAUGAUGGAAUAAAUGAUGGAAUGAAUGAUGAUGGAAUGAAUGAUGGAAUGAAUGAAGGAAUUAAUGAUAGAAUGAAUGAAUGAUGGAAUAAAUGAUAGAAUGAAUGAAUGAAUGAAUGAAUGAAUGAAGGAAUGAAUGAUGGAAUGAAUGAUGGAAUAAAUGAUAGAAGGAAUGAAUGAAGGAAUGAAUGAAUGAAGGAAUGAAUGAAGGAAUGAAUGAAUGAAGGAAUGAAUGAUGGAAUGAAUGAUGGAAUGAAUGAAGGAAUGAAUGAUGGAAUAAAUGAUACAAUGAAUGAAUGAUGGAAUAAAUGAUAGAAUGAAUGAAUGAUGGAAUGAAUGAUAGAAUGAAUGAAUGAUGGAAUUAAUGGAAUUAAUGGAAUGAAUGAUGGAAUAAAUGAUAGAAUGAAUGAAUGAUGGAAUAAAUGAUAGAAUGAAUGAAUGAUGGAAUGAAUGAUAGAAUGAAUGAAUGAUGGAAUGAAUGAUAGAAUGAAUGAAUGAUGGAAUGAAUGAUAGAAUGAAUGAAUGAUGGAAUGUGUGCCUGCGUGAGUGUGUGUGUUUGGGUGUCUGUGCAUGUGUGCUCUAUAUACAUGUUUACCUGUGUGUGUGUGUGUGUAUUUGUGUGGGUGUGUGUGUAUAUUUGUGUGUGUGUAUUUGUGUGUGUGUAUUGGUGUGUGUAUGUGUGUGUGUGUGUUUGUGUGUGUAUGUGUGUGUGUGUGUGUGUGUGUGUGUAUUCUAUGCAGUGUGUUUUAUAUUAGCACUUGUAUGUGAUUUAACCCCUCCCUCCCUCAACCCUAUCCUCCCCUCCCCCACGUUCCACCCUCCCCCCACUUCCCCAAACACCCAAACCCACAUCCCUCACCCCCUGCACCACCCGUAACACCUUCUCAAAUCUACCACCCCCUUCCUUCCCUUCCCUCCCCUUCCUUCCCUCCCUCUCCCCUCCCCUUCCCCUUCUUUCCCUCCCUCUCCCCUCCCCUCCCCUCCCCCUCCCCCUUCCUUCCCUCCCUCUCUCUCUCCCAGCGGAGUGUCCAGACGUGUACGUCGUGGAGCGGUUGUUCUCCAGCAGUCUGGUGGUGGUGGUCAGUCUCUCCAUGCCCCAACGUAUGAACGUCUACCACUUCAAGAGGGGAACAGAGAUCUGCAACUAUAGCUACUCCAACAACAUCCUCUCAGUCCGUCUCAACAGACAGGUAAUGGCCCUAUUCCAAACCCAUUCCUCACUGCUAUCUAGAAUCUAAAGGGUUCUUAUAGGACAGCCAAAGGGCCCUUUUGGAACCCUUUUUUCUAAGAGUGUAUCCUUAGGUCAGAUUGAGGCCCCAUUCCAAUCCAAUCUCUCUCACCUAUCCUGAGGUCAGUUCCCAUUCCAUACCUAUCCCCCCUUUCAGCUCUGCUGCAACGUUUCCCUCUCUGUCCUCUGUAGAGGCUGGUGGUGUGUCUGGAGGAGUCUGUUUACAUCCACAACAUCAAAGACAUGAAGCUGCUGAAGACACUGCUCAACACACCCCACAACCCCUCAGGUACUGAAUACGCACACACAAUAACACACACACACACACACAAUUCAUCAUACCCUCAACUAUGCUCAGUUUUUAAACACAGACACACCCUCCAACCCGUCAGGUCUCUGUGCCCUCUCUGUGAACCAUGGUAACUCCUACCUGGCGUACCCUGGCAGUCAGACCAUCGGAGAGAUCAUUGUCUACGACGCCAACAACCUGGUAAGACAUGAUAUUGAAAUGACUUCUACCACCGCUGCUAUUCAACCACUGUCUACAGAGCACAACGCAGGGGUAUUCAUGUUGAUCCUAAUGGCAGGUUGUGGGUUAGCUAGUAGAGUGGUUGGAGUGGUAGUUGAACUGCCUUAAUACCUUUGAGGACAUGAAGUACAGUCAUUGCAUGUCACGGCUGUUGAAGUGGUCGCAGGUUGAUGAUGUCACAAAUGUGUGACCCGUGUUUUCCUUAGAGCACGGUGACGAGGAUCCCAGCCCAUGACAGUCCCUUGGCAGCCCUCACAUUCAACGCUUCAGGAACCAAACUGGCCAGCGCCUCUGAGAGGGUGAGUCUGACUGUUCCUCCCUCUCUCUUCCUGCCUUUCAACUGUCUUCACUAUAUAUACACUGAGUGUAGAAAACAUUAAGAACACUUACAUCUGUUGUUUUGCCCAUUCACCCUCUGAAUGGCACACAUACACAAUCCAUUUCUCAAUUGUCUCAAGCAAGGCUUAACAAUCCUUCUUUAACCUGUCUCCUCCCCUUUAUCUAUACUGAUUGAAGUGGAUUUAACAGGUGACAUCAAUAUGUCAUGGAAAGAGCAGGUGUUCCUAAUGUUUUGUACACUCAGUGUACAUCUCUGUCUACAACGGUUCUGUCUGACCAUCUCCUCCUCCACUCCAGGGUACAGUGAUCAGAGUGUUCACCAUCCCAGAGGGACAGAGGCUGUUUGAGUUCCGCAGAGGGAUGAAGAGGUCAGUUUAUACCAGACUACAGACACUACAGACACUACAGACACUACGGACACCACGGACACUAGAGACACUAGACACUACCAGACACUACCAGACACUACCAGACACUACAGACACUACAGACACUACCAGACACUACCAGACACUACCAGACACUACCAGACACUACCAGACACUACCAGACACUACCAGACACUAGAGACACUACCAGACACUACCAGACACUACAUAUACUACAGACACUACAUAUGUAGACAGACUACAGAACUAUUCCAAGGUUUUGUAGGGGUAGGUUUGGUAUCUUGGGGAUGAUGACUCUUACCAUGUGUGUCUGUGUUUCAGGUAUGUGAGUAUCAGCUCGUUGUCCUUUAGUUCAGACGCCCAGUUCCUCUGUGCCUCCAGCAACACAGAGACGGUCCAUAUCUUCAAACUGGAACAGCACAGCCCCAGGUACUCACUGUUUACAACACAGCCCCAGGUACACACUGUUUACAGCACAGCCCCAGGUACUCACUGUUUACAACACAGCCCCAGGUACUCACUGUUUACAACACAGCCCCAGGUACACACUGUUUACAGCACAGCCCCAGGUACUCACUGUUUACAGCACAGCCCCCAGGUACACACUGUUUACAGCACAGCCCCCAGGUACUCACUGUUUACAGCACAGCCCCAGGUACUCACUGUUUACAGCACAGCCCCAGGUACUCACUGUUUACAGCACAGCCCCAGGUACUCACUAUGUACAGCACAGCCCCAGGUACUCACUGUUUACAACACAGCCCCAGGUACUCACUGUUUACAACACAGCCCCAGGUACACACUGUUUACUGUCCUGAUUUUGUUGUGUUGAUCGUCUUACGUCUUGUCCCUUUCUGGUCCUCAGUGGCUAGUUGUCAGGAGUGUAAAAUGCUUUGUGUUACAGUUUUGUCUCUGAAGUCAGUCAGUCAGGAAGAGCAGUGCGAUUGACUCCUGCCUGUCUCCUCUGCCUGUCUGUAGUCGAGAGGGUGAGUCUCCUACGUGGGGUGCGUACGUGGGAAAGAUGUUCACAGCAGCCAGCACCUACCUUCCCUCCCAGGUCUCUGACAUGAUGCACCAAGACCGGGCCUUCGCCACCGUACGACUCAACAUGUUCGGACUCAAGAACGUCUGCGCCUUGUCCAUGUACGUUUGUGUGUUUGCGGGUGGAUGCAGGGCGGGGUGGUGUGUGUCUGUGUGUGAUUCAAUGUUGGGUCUCUUUAUUUUACAGUCCUAUUACUUGGUAUAUUUUCAGGGUUCAGAAGCUGCCUCGUCUGCUGGUGGCCUCAUCAGAUGGACAUCUCUACAUCUAUAACAUCGACCCACAGGAUGGAGGAGAGUGUGUUCUGGUCAGGAAACACAGGUGAGGGACUGGGAUCUGUUCAGGAAACACAGGUGAGGGACUGGGAUCUGUUCAGGAAACACAGGUGAGGGACUAUGUUCUGGUCAGGAAACACAGGUGAGGGACUGUGUUCUGGUCAGGAAUCACAGGUGAGGGACUGUGUUCUGUUUGUGUGAGCCUCAGAGUUGGGGUCAAUUCCAUUUCAAUUCCAGUAAAUUCAGGAAGUACAAUGACAUUCCAAUUCCAAUUAUUUUCAAUGCUUUUCAAUAAGGAAAAUGAAUUGACUGGAAUUUAAAUUAAAUUGACCCCAACCCCGGUGAGCAUAUGUGUGUGCUUAAGCAUGUUUGUGUGUGUGUGUGUGUGUGUGUGUGUGUGUGUGUGUGUGUGUGUAAUCAGGCUCUCUUUGUGUUUUCUCCAGGCUAUUUGAAGGAGAUGAGGUGCCACAGGAAGCACAACCGGAAGAGGAGGAGCCAGAGGAUGGAAGGUCCCUCCCACCGUCAACCAGCCCAUCAUACGCUGCCACUGUGGCCCUCCCCUCGAACCCACCCUCUUCUACCACUCUCACAGGUAUUGUGUGUGGUUUGCUUUAUGAAUGUAGUGUGUCUUACCUUGUGUGAUUAAGGGCUCUAUUCAAUUCGCAUCACGGAAUUUCAGCUUUACAGCGUGAUUGAAAUUUAAAGGCAAUGUUCCCACUUUAGCGGAGACGCUGCAUAUGUCGGCUCAAUGGGAAAUGACCUUUAAAUGUCUAUCGUGGAAUUUGUAACUCUUCAGCUUAGUCUGAUUACGUGCCCUUCUGUAAUCUCUCUUCUCCUCUCAUUCUAUCCUCUUCCCAGGCUACUCAGAGGAUGGAGGGGCUGAGAAAGGAGAUGUGAUCCCUGAACAUGAGUUUGCAGAGGGACCCGUCUGUCUGGAUGACGAGAACGAGUUUCCUCCUGUCAGCAACCAGACCAACUGA